AGCGAUCUCUUGGAUUUUACCUUCAGUGUAAUGGAGAGAGUGAAUCUACAUCUUGGAGUUGUUACGCUGUUGCUGAGCUGCGUCUUCUUUCUUGCAAAGAAGGACAAGAACCAUUUAGCAGAAAAAUUGAACACCUCUUCAACAGUAAAGAGAAUGACUGGGGCUUUCGUCAUUUUAUGACAUUGCAGGAUGUUGUAGAUCCUGAUAGAGGUUUCAUAAAAGAUGAUUCAAUCACGCUUGAGGCUCAUGUAGUGGCUGAUGCAGUUUUAUCGUCAAGAUCGUUUUCGGGUCUUAUAUCGGAUAUGACAUUGUUAAUUGAAGUCUCCGACUAUUCGUGCAUUUCUACAGAGGCGUUUAUAAUACAUUGCAAGAUCGAAAAUUUUCAUCAACUGAUAAGUAACACUAUACACAUGAAUUUACAACCAUCCACAACGGUAUUUAAAAAGGUGAAAUCUUUUGAAGGUUCAACUCUUGAAUUCAUAUCUAAAAAUGAGAAAUCAAUUAAAUUUAUAGUAGGAGAAGAACAGUAUGUUAUACCAAAAAAAUUGUUGUGCGACACCAACAGUAGCUACUUCAAAAUUAUCUGUCUUACACGCGGUGAAAAGGAAAAAGAUAUGACAAAUGAAUUAGCAACGGAUAAUGAGUUACAAACUUUUAAACAGAUUUUAGUAUUUAUUUUAACUGGCUCAAUUAAACAAUGUGAUUAUGAGAUGCUUAAAAAGUUGUUAACAGCAGCUGAUAAAUACGAUGUACCGACUUUAAAAUUAACGUGUGAAUAUUAUUUGCUACGCUAUAUUACGAUUAAAAAUGCUGUGGAACUUAUACAGCUUGCGUUGUUGUCUAAUGCCAAGUUUUUAGAAACACAUUCGACAAUUUUUAUUAAAUUUUACGUAAAAGAAAUUAUGGACACUAAAGAAUUUCAAAACCUACCGCAAGAAGAUUUAAAUAAGGUAUUGGAAUUGAUUGAGAAAUGUGAAACGCUUGAAAGCAGAACAAUUCAAUCCUUUUCGUCACCACCUAAGACACAUAAAAAAUCUAAUUAUAAUUAUUAACUUUUAUAUGUAUAUGAAUUUAUAUUCAAAUAAGUA